AAUGAAUGGAAUGAAAAUUAAAUUAUAAAUAUUUGAUACUGCUGAAUAAAGAAUUUUAGUUCUAUUAUAUCAUAGUUAUUAUAGAUCAGCAAUUGGUAACAAAUAUGAAGGAUAAAUAGUUUAUAAUAUAAGUAAUAAAAAUGGAUGGAAGAAAAAAGAAAGAAUGGAAAUGAAAAUAUAUUAAUAGUAUUAUGUGGAAGUAAAAAAUUGA